UUGUAAGAACUUUUGUAAAUGCCACAAUGUACCCUCACCCAGCACAACAGUAAAUAAAUAAUUAACUUCAUGCUUUUUCUUUCCUACUAAAGGGAGAGGAUGUCCAUGUCAGAAGUGGCCACUCAUGGGAAACCCCUUCCAUCUGCUGAGAGAGAACAGCUGAGGCUAGAAUUGCAGCAACUGAAUCAUCAGAUUAGCCAGCAGACCCAACUUCGUGGACUAGAGGCUGUUAGUAACAAGCUGGUGUUACAGAGGGAGGCGAACACCUUGGCAGGCCAGUCACAGCCCCCACUUCCACCUCCAAAAUGGCCUGGGAUGAUCUCAAGUGAACAGUUGAGCUUGGAACUACACCAGGUGGAAAGGGAAAUUGGGAAGAGAACCCGGGAACUAAGUAUGGAGAACCAGUGUUCUCUUGACAUGAAAAGCAAGUUGAAUACAAAUAAGCAAGCAGAAAAUGGACAACCAGAAUCACAAAACAAGGUUCCAACUGAAGACCUUACAUUAACAUUCAGUGAUGUACCAAAUGGAUCAGCUUUGACACAAGAGAAUAUCAGCCUCUUAUCAAACAAGACCAACUCUUUGAAUCUGUCAGAAGACCCUGAGGGAGGAGGGGAUAACAAUGACUCUCAGAGAUCAGGAGUUACUCCCAGUUCUGCUCCCUAAAAUGUUCGGAGUACUGCUUCUAUCUUCUGCUCCUAAUCAAUUUGUGGGGGAUAGGAGUAGAAGAAUGGAUAACUUCUAAACAUUUUUGCUAAGAGUGGUCAAAGAAAUGCAGAAAAAGCACCAGAGGCAAUGUGCACAAAUACCACUACUAAACAAACCCUGCACAUAGUUCACAUUAAUGCAUUUUUUAAUUUAAAGAAAAAGAAAUUAGCAGUAUCUGCAAGCAAUUCAGAUUAAAUUUGUUUUUGUUCUGUGAAUGAACUUUAUUUUAAUAACUUUGGACGCCUUGGAUGCAGGGCUUUAAAAAAAGAAGAUAUUAUAUAUACACUCUGUUUGAUUAAUUGUAUGAUCUUAAUGAAAUAGGUUUUUCUUGUAUUUUGGUAUUAUUACAUACCCAGUGUAUAAUUCCUUACCCCUAGUCCUUUCCAACUCUCACAACCCCAUAAACUACAACAGACAAAAAGCACUGGCAUUUCUAAGAAUUCUGUGGUGCUUGAGAAACAGAGACAGUAAUAGAUUGAGUUAUUAGAAAAUGUGCAGCAGACUAAAUUUUAUUGGAGCUGUUACUUGUAAUAUUUUUUCUUUCUGGGUUACUAGCUUUAUGAAUAGCUAUGUUUUCUUAGGACAUUGAAACUUUGAAGGGGAAUGCUUAGUUUCAAUUUUUCAGAGAAAGAUAACAGACAAUUAAGUUUUAGUUCCCCAAUUUCUAUGUUAUUAAGGAUCCCUUGUGUUCUCUUAAUGUAAUCAGAAAGCCUGUUCAGUGUUUACAUUAUUUGAUUAGAUUUACCUAAAGAUUACUUUAAGAAUGAACUGUAACUUAGUAGCACUGAAAAUACACAGUAUUUGAUGUAUUCUCCAUUGUUGGAAAUUUGGAACUGUACUUUCCAAAUGAAACUUUUGCUGAAAUCCUGGAAUGCCCCCAGGCCAGGACAGUCAACCAUGUUUUAAAACUAAAAUACAAACUACCUGAGUCUUAAGGAUAGUUUAUGAAUUGAUCACUUGUUGCUUCUCAAAAUUACUGACUAUGAAUACCCUGAAGUCAGUUUUCAUAGACUUGGCUUUCCAGCAUUAAAACAUUCUUCCUGAAAGUAUUGAAGAGUAAGGAGGAAUUUUUGUUGUUAUUUAGUUCUGCUGCACAUAUUCUGAUGCAACAACUCUAUACUUAACUAAGCCCCUAUAAAACAUGUUUAGUUGGGAUUGUUUCAUAUAAUCAUUCUCUCCUUCCCUCGUUUGACUGAUUUUCAGUUUCCCUUUCUGGAUUAUACUACUAAAUCAGAAAGCACUGGUUAUGUAAUAAGUUACUGCAUUGCUUUGGUUGGGUAAAAGCAAAAGUUUAUAUUUUUCUUGUUUCUUAUAUUCUUAACCCUUAACUCUUGUUGAGGUUAGAACAACCUCAGUCUAAGCUCUGUGUCCAUCAUAUUGUUAACUGAAA